AUGCCUCUAGACCUGGAAGGCGUGCCUUAUGCGAGGCAGCUGACGUCGAGCUCCGGGGUCGAUCAUUGGUCUCAGCCCCUGUCAGCAGCCCCCAGCCUCUUUUACUUCCUCAUCCCCUUUGUACAUGUCCAUCUCUCGCGGUUCAGAGCCGGCCCACAGCUCCAGCCAUCGGACUCUACGCCACCUCCUCGUACUCCUGUGUCUGGCAUUCCGCCGGUGAAAACAGAUCCUAAUGCCCCCGACAAGCGUCUACAGGUCCGCCAGAAGUGCAUAUAUGAGCGUCUACUGCCUGGUAAUGCCUACAUAUCUGCCCACGUGAAUCGCCUCCAGCGCGGGUACUAUCAGACUGAACUCCUGCAUGAAGGGCAUAUGCGCAACGUCUACUUCGUCUCUGUUCAUUUUGUCUUCCAUCCUGCAGAUACCGAGAGCCACCGCUUCAAAUCUGCUGUACUACGGGUCGGUGUGCAUGGCCAUGAUCCAAAAGCGUAUUACUACGAUACACCUCCAGAAUCCCCCAGAUUUUUGAGGCAUGCGCCGCAACUUAUGUACGGGGCCGUAUCUCCGGAGAACUUGCAAUGGAAUUUCAGCCUCUCGAGUUCCCUCGGAAUAUCACAGACUCCUCUAUCGGCAAGCGUCAAUCCCUCCGCCGGCUACAGAUCAAGCUACAAAGUCUAUGAUAUGAUGAGCAUACAAGGCUCACUGCGCACCCUGCGCGCAGAAAAUCCUGACUACGAUGUCGAAGAUGCAUUAGCGGUCUGGACCCUACAGGAAAACUCGACGCAGAGAUCUGGGUUGCCUCGAGAGUUCGAUUUCGUUCUGUUAGUACACCAACCUGAUGAGAACCAGGAUAUCUACCUUAGCGUCGAUGUAGAUCCUGUCGUCGACGCUUGGUUUGGAUCUUAUCCACAGUGGUACAUUAAUCGCUCUGCGUAUCAACCAGUCCGCAGCUAUCUUUUCGACUUCAAGGAGGACGUGGGCCAACUCUUUCAUCCAGUCACACCUGGCAAGGGCUUCAACUUUGCAACGCUGCCACUUCCGCUCGAUGAAUACGUUGCUUUGCCUGGGACCGUAUACCCAACAAAUGAUAUUGUGAAAGUAGCAGGAGUCAGUGAUGUUAAGGAAACGGACGGUCCUAAAACGCCAAAGACAAGCCCAAAGGCUCGGAAACAAGCAUCGAGCAACGCUACACCCCAUAGAUUAUCAGACAAGUCAGAUCUUAGACAGAGUUUAGACCCUAGGCAGAAAAGUCCCACAAGUCGACACAGCUGGGCACCAGGUCCGGAGACUCUGAAUGUUCAUGUGUUGCUUGAGCAUGCGAACUCGCAUGACCUAUCCACACGCCGCUACUCUGGCUCGCCUGCAAGUUAUCAGGAUCACCAACGUCGGAGGUCCAUUCGUCGCACCAGAUCACGCACGGGACUGAAAGAGUAUGGUGCCCAGCAAGCCGCAAACGAUAAAGCACGAGAACUAUAUGUCGCCGAAUGA